GUUCCCUGUGUGGCGGUGUGGUUUGUGUAGUUCUCUGCAAGAAUCGCAGCGGAGCGCUGAUUACUUGCAAGAGACUGAUCAGUGAUCAGCUGUCGAAGCACCGUUUAUGCACUGACCUCCGAGCUGCGAAAAUGGUUGUUUCUUGUGCGGAGAAAUUUAACCUACCCAGGAACUUAGGUGUUGAUUGAAACUGGAGCGACAAUCACGUUCCAUGGAAAAUGUUGCUGUCGGUCUUUGCAGGUGUCAUAGGUUUAGCUGUACAUAUCGUAUUUCUAUUCUCGAUAUUUGAUAUUUAUUUUAAGUCGCCUAUCAUUCACGGACUGCCGGCGUACGAAGUACCGUUGCCUCCGCCAGCUUCGAGGCUGGUGCUCAUCGUUGCAGACGGUCUUCGCGCUGAUAAGAUAUUCGAGCUUCAGAGAAAUGGAACAUCGAGAGCGCCAUACCUGAGGUCAGUUAUAACUGAAAAAGGAAGCUGGGGAGUGUCACACACCCGUGUGCCAACUGAGUCGAGGCCUGGCCAUGUCGCCCUCAUAGCAGGAUUUUAUGAAGAUGUCAGUGCAGUCACCAAAGGAUGGAAGCAGAAUCCUGUAGAAUUUGAUUCAGUGUUCAACAGAAGUCGACAUGUGUGGGCAUGGGGGGCAGCAGACAUGGUACACCUAUUUACGAAGGGGGACCAUGAAAAGCAUGUUCAUGCACACACUUAUGAUACAAAUGAGAUUGACUUUGCUGAUGAGGAUGCCUCCCGGCUUGACUUAUGGGUCUUUGGAAAGCUUCAGGAGUUCCUGCACAGUGCAGCAGAUAAUCAGACACUGACUGAAAUGCUCAGGCAGGACAAGAUAGUUUUCUUUUUGCACCUUCUUGGUUUGGAUACCAUAGGACACGGCUAUAACCCUGACUCUAUAGAGUACUAUGAAAACAUUGCAUUGGUUGACCGAAACAUCAGGCACAUGGUAAAGCUCAUUGAAGAGUUCUAUCAAGAAGAUGGCAAAACUGCUUACAUCUUCACAUCGGAUCAUGGAAUGACAGAUUGGGGUAAUCAUGGAGCAGGAAACCCAUCUGAAACUGAAACACCUCUUAUUGCCUGGGGAGCAGGGAUUGCACCACCACGAUUAUCAGGGCGUGAUGGCUACUACGAUGGCUACUCGGAAGCGUGGAAUCUUUCCUUAUAUAGGAGAGUGGACAUUAAUCAAGCAGAUUUGGCACCUCUCAUGGCUGUUCUCUUGGGUGUGCCUAUCCCAAUCAAUUCUCUUGGUGUCUUGCCUGUUGAAUACCUCAACACUGACUGGCACUUCAGAGCAGUUGCACUGCUUACAAAUGCAAGGCAAAUCCUGGCACAAUUCAAACAGCAGAAACAGAUUAUAGAAGACACAACAUUUUCUCUAUUCUUUCGUCAGUUCAGGGACAUGAUGCCCAAGAGACAGCAUGAGCUGAUUGAAAUGAUCGAGACUUUACUGAAGCAGUCAAGGUACAAGGAGGCGGUGCAAGUCAUUGAGAAGUUUAUUGAACUCUCUCUAAAAGGGCUUGUGUACUAUCAGAAGUAUGACAGACUGACCUUGAGCAUUGCAGUGGCACUUGGAUUCACUGGCUGGAUGGCUUUUGUAAUUCUUCUUGUGCUACGCAACUAUACUGGCAUCAUGUGCAAGUCACUAGAAAGCCAGUCGAACAAGAGAAAUCAAGAUUGGCAAGGAAAAGUGAAGAUUAUUUCUACCUCCAUUUUAGUGCUCUUUUUGUCAACUAUACUCCUAUAUGUGCAAAAUGCACGUGUUAUGUACUAUUUUUACUUCCUCAUCCCAAUUGUUCUAUGGACAAUGGUUUUUUAUGAGCUUGAUGUCUACUAUGAAGCUAAAGCAUACCUGAGGCGUUUUGACGUAAAAAUGUGGUUUGUGACUAUGACCGUGGUGGCGAUUUUGGCAAUGGAGCUUGUGGUCGUCACCUUUUUCUACAGAGGUAUUAUGUCUCUUGGCCUCCUGGUGAUAGGCUGCUGGCCUUUCAGCACCAAUUUAUCAAAGAAAAUGUGCUGUGCCUGGUUGAUAGGGUGCAUUGUGCUUGGGAUAUUUCCCCUUUUGCCUGUGAUUGGUAAACAGCACAACUAUACAUUGGUGACACUUUCUGGCUGGGUCUGCAUCAUUAUAUUUUCAUAUUGUGCCAGAAGGCCAGAAAUGGGAUUGAUUAGAAACAGCAGGCAAAUACCAAAAGAACCGCAAAGGUCUGUUAUUUUGACUGCAGUGCAGGUUGUGUUGAUAUGGGUGGCCAUUGCGAUUGUAAGAAGCACUGCAGACAGCAUUGAGCGCAAAGAGGGUCUGCCAUUAUUCAACCAAAUAUUGUCAUGGCUUCUGCUGAUUAUUUCCCCAGUUUUAUGCCUCUUCUCAACUACAAGUCUCUUGAACAGGCUGCAGAACCUAACUUUGUCAUUGCUGGUUCCAUUUCUUCUGAUGUGCAUCUUCUACGAAAGCCUGUUCCUUAUGGCGUUAUGCUUUGUGAUGUUCCUCUGGAUCUGCAUUGAGCACCAGCUUUCAGGCUCUACACUGAGGCUCCAAGACAUGACUUUUGAGUCUCAAGAUGCUUCAUCACAAACAAAGGCUGUAACAUAUCAUAUACGAAUUGAUGACAUCAGAAAGGCUUACUUCUUUAUUUUCUUUAUGCUUGUUGCAUUCUAUGGCACUGGGAACAUUGCCAGUCUAAACAGCUUUUCCAUCUCAAGCUUCUACUGUUUCAUGACAGUAUUUCGACCAUUCACAAUGGCUGCCAUCCUGCUCAUCAAGGUUUUGAUCCCGUUACUUAUAGUGAGCUGUGCAUUUCGGGCCCUUCUACAGUCAAUCAAGGUAUCAAACACGGCUCUCUUUCUUCUAGUCGUCGUCUUGUCAGACUUCACAGCAUUGCACUUCUUUUUUCUCAUCAAAGAUAGUGGCAGUUGGCUUGACAUUGGAAUGUCAAUCAGCCAUUAUUUGCUCGCCAUGGGAAUGAUCAUCUUCACAGCAGUGUUCCAUGGCCUAGCCUGGUUCAUGACCACAUUCUCAAUGGAGUGCUCUGGACAUGAGUUGAAACGCCAUAUUUUGUGACAUAUUCCAAGCUUAGUAUUUUACAAGCACUUUAGCACUGUCACUUACGGCCAAGAAGUUUGAUUGUGCCCCCUCACAUUCCCUGAAGCAGCCGUAUUAACUCUCUGUAGUAUGUUGUAUUUAUUAGAGAAAUUGGAACUUUUCAGGAUAGCUAAUCAUUUACACCUUUUCUUAAGAUGCUUGCCCUAGUGAAGUCCGUAUUGUCUGUCUUUAUUACGUUGCAUGGUAAGUGGUGUUCACUUUAUAGGGUUCACCCCAUCUUUUAUUUAUUCAUGCAUGAACCUUGGCGCAAGUUUAUGCACCUUGUGCUCAUAUCAUCCAUGAGAAAAACCGCUAUUUUGUGACAUUUGCUUACUGCAUAUAUUUUCUGUCUUGCCUAAUUUGGGGUACAGAAAAUAAAAGACAAAGUUUCCCUUGAUCUCAUUUCAUGUGAGCCACAGGGCAUAAGCGGUAAGCCUUGGUUUGUACCAAUCUCGUGGAUUCUGCUCUAGAAUGAGCAUCCCAUUAAGUCUUGGACAUUGUUGAGGUAACUGCAUUAAUUUCAUAUAUCAUGGUAGAAUACUUAAAUGAAUUGGCUUCAGAAAACACACUUUUGUUGUACAUUUGUGUGGCUGGUGCUUCUUUUAUCGCUUUGUUGAAAAUCGCUUGCAGUAUUGAAUGGUCAAGAUGUACGAUGUGGAGGGGAUCACGCUGUGUUGUAGCUGAGCAACGUGAUAGGUUGCUGAUACUCACUGCAGUGCUGAAACACUCUAAACCUUUUCAUACCAGAUUAUGAUGUAAAACCUGGUAGCAAGAUGCAUCUUUAGAAAAAGCUGACAGUCCGUUAACUGACGUAUACCUACAUGCCACUUUUGCACUUAUUGUAUCGUAUGAAAGGGUUUUAGUGGAUAAAUUAGUUAAAACACUUCAUUAUACAAGGGGUUAAUGGAGGCUAUUCCACCACUGAAGACUAUAUUAGUUUUUUUAUUAAUCGCUAAGUGUAUGCAUGGGAUCUUCUAAUUUAUUUUAGGAAAUAUGAGGCUGUGCAUGAUAUUGAACCUAACAUGUUCACAAUAAUUGUUGUGCAUGUGAAAAAUGUGCUUGCAAUGUUUGUUACUGUUUGUAAUUCCUUGCUAAGAAGUAUAAUGAUGUUUAUAAUGGCAUACUGCUCGUUAAAAUUAUUUAACAAAGCAAUUGAGAACUUUUGUAUCCUGCCCCGGUAAUGCAUUAUUGGCUCUGUUAUUUAGCUGCAGCAAUAUUCUUUGCAAAUGAUUCUACCGUUGAUGUGCUUCUUAAAUGCCAUGCGGUUUUGUGCUAAACUUUUGCUCUUCCCAGUGCCUCAAGAGCAAGCUUGAGCUUCAGAAAUGUGGUGAAAGAUUUGUGUCAAAGACUUGGAAAGAAUAAACGCUUCUUGUUAAAUAUAUAGUGAUGGAAACAUGCCAAAGAUAUGCAUUCGAGGUUUGCAAACAUAUUGAAUUGCAGUGUAUCCAGUGCAAAGUAUGAAUGAACUGGUGAGACUGUGUAUGUGUGAUUUAGAACUUUACUGGUGCCAAAUCCACUGUACUGGGGAACAGUGUUUAUUAUAUUUAUACUGUCCUCUUUACACUUUAGGGAUGCACAAACUGUAGAAUAAAUUAAAUGUUUAAACGAAGUAUUACAACGACGAAUAGAACUCUGCACACAUUAUUCAUAAGUGGUGAGUGUUCUUAAAGUGCCGGUAUUUCGUUUUUCGGAAUAAAGAUUUUUACGCACA